GCUGGGUAGUGGGCGCGUGCUGUCACACCUCCUACAGUGGUGACCAGGCCUGACUGGCCGCUUCGAAUGAAUGGCGCCGCCGCGAGGGUGUGACCUGUGACCGUGCCACCGCUGUGACCUGUCAGCGGUCCACUGCGGAGAGCUGUGAACUGUGGCCAGGCCGCCACAGUGACCUGUGACCGGUCCGCCGCGGAGUUGUGCCCUGUGGCUCGGUGACCUGUGUGCCCUGUGACUCGGUCACCGCUGCGACCGUGCCACCGCUGUGAUCUGCGACCGUGUCACCGCUGCGACCGACCGGUCCAACCUUGGGCUGUGAUCGGUCACUACGCCACUCCUGAGGUCUCUCACUCGGCACAGCUGAGGCCGACAGGGCAGCCAGCCGUGCCGAGCUGACAUUCCAGCCAGCAUGGUCGGAGUAUCUGUGGACCCGCAGUAUGAAAGGGAGGAUGUACAGAAGAAAACCUUUUCCAAAUGGAUCAACUCACAGCUGGCAAAGAAGAAACUGGAGCCGGUCACCGAUCUGUUCUUCGACCUGCGGGACGGCUCCAAACUGCUGGCGCUGCUGGAGGUGCUCACCGAAAAACCAUGCAAAAAGGAGAAAGGCAAGAUGCGGGUGCACCACCUCAACAACGUCAACAACGCCCUGCAAAUAUUACGGGACUACAGAAUCAAGCUGGUCAACAUCAACAAUAACGACAUCGUGGACGGCAACCCGAAGCUGACGCUGGGCCUGGUCUGGAGCAUCAUCCUUCACUGGCAGGUGCAGGACGUGCUGAAGGGCAUUAUGAAGGAGGCCAAGCAGACGAACCUGGAGAAGACGCUGCUGGCCUGGUGUCGCCAGAUGACCCAGGGUUACGAGGGCGUGGACAUCCGCAACUUCACCACCAGCUGGACGGACGGACUGGCCUUCAACGCACUCAUCCACAAGUUCGAGCCGGAGCUGUUCGAUUACGACACGCAGCUGCACAAGCCGCCGGCGCAGCGGCUCGAGUAUGCCUUCAAACUGGCGCACAAGUACCUCAACAUCGAUCGCCUGCUCGACCCGGAAGACGUCAACACCACCUACCCGGACAAGAAGUCGAUCAUGACGUACGUCAUGUGUCUGUUCCAAGUCCUGCCGCACGAUACCGUCGACAUGCAGUUCGCCGACCCGAGCUAUGCCCCGCCGCUGCCCCGCAGACAGGCGGAGGCAGCGCGGCCAGCGCGACCCUCGUCGUUCCUCUCGUCCGGCUCCGGUGUGGACAUCAACACGUACUCGACCAUCCUGGAGGAGGUGCUCGGCUGGCUGGCCGAUGCCGGCGCGCGGCUCGAGGCGCCCGACGGAGACUCUGACAGCCUGGCACACGUCAAGAGCCGCUUCAAAGCGCAUGAGGCCUACAUGGUGGAGCUGACGGAGCGCAAGGCGGACAUAUUCGAGGUGCUGGACGAGGGGAAGCGGCUGCUGACGGAGAAGGUGACGGCCGAGGAGGAGGCCGAGAUCCGAGAGCAGAUGCGGCUGCUGACCCUGCGCUGGGAGGAGCUGCGGCAGCGCGCCAUCGAGACGCAGACACAACUGCAGUCGCGUCUGGCCCAGGUGCAGCUCUCGGCCAUGGACGCGCUGCGCUCCUGGCUGACGGGCAUGGAGAACCGGAUCUCGCUGACGGCUCCGCUGGGCCCCGACCUGUCCACUCUGCCGGCGCAGGCGGCCGAGCACGCAGCCCUGGCCGCGGAGGUGGGCCGCUGGAAGCCACACGUCACCGAACUGUUCGACGUGCUCGUGGUGGAGGAAGACGGCGACGACAGCGAGUUUGCUAACCUGGAGGACCACCUGUCUGUGCUGUCGGAGCGGUGGAACUUCACCGUCAGCUGGAGCGAGCAGCGCGAGCAGCACAUAGCGCAGCUGCAGCGGCACUGGCCGCAGCUGCACGAGCAGCUGGCGCAGCUCAAGGACUGGGUGGACGGCCAGGAGGCGCGCCUUAAGGCCAUGGAGGCCGAGCCGACCACUGAGCAGCAGGCGCUCCAGCAGCAGGGCAACCAGCUGCAGGAGCUGCAGUCCCAGAUGGAGGAGUGGCACAGCCGGUUCGCCGUGCUCCAGGACCUCUCCACCCAGGUGCUGGCCUGUCUGGAGUCGGACUCCCCGGCCCAGGAGGACAUCACCCAGCGCCUGGAAGACGUCAAAGACCGCUGGGACUGUCUGGUGCAGAUCAUUGAGGCGCAGAGUCUCCGGCUGCAGCGCUGCGGCAUGAACGUGCGGCCGCGCGUCGCCUCCUCGACGGAUGACGUGAGCGGCGCGCCGGGCGGCGCCAAGAGACGCCGCGUCCAGUCGGCCAACGCGCACAACGACUUCAUGACGGCGCUGCACGACUUCUCCCAGUGGUCGCUAGCGGCGCGCGAGCGGACCGAGCGCGCGCUGAGCGGCGGCGGUGACCAGGCGGCGGCGCUGUCCGAGCUGAACCAGGUGUGGCGCGAGGUGGAGGCGCAUCAGCCGGACGUGGAGGAGGUGCGCCGACUGGCGGCCCGGCUCUGCCGCGGCUUCCAGCAGCGCGGCGAGCGCGACGACGUGCUGCGCAAGGUGGAGCGCGUCGAGGCCGACUACCAGGACGUGCGCCGGCUGGUGGCCGAGCGGCGGGACCGCGCCGAGUACCUGCUGGACGAGGCGGCCUUCUACGAGGAGCUGGGCCAACUGGGCGGCCUGGUGGAUCAGCACCUGGCCUGGGUGGAGGGCGUCCGGCCGCGGCCCGCCGGCCGCAUGGCCGUGCUGGCCGCCUGCAAGGAGCGCCUGGAGCAGAUGCAGCGGGACGAGGAGCGUGUCACGGCCAUGGCCAACAAGGCCAAGGACCUGAUCAGCCUGGGCCAGGGCGACGAGGAACAGGUCGAGGCCGACGUGGACGUCUUCCUGCAAAAGUGGGAGACGGUGAUGAACAAGAUCACGGAGUUGGAGACGGAGGUGAGCAACACGCAGCCGGAGCGGCCGGCCGCCUUCCUGGAGGCCGUGGCGGCCCUCUCCGGCUGGGUGGCAGAGCUGCACGACGCCCUGCUCGGCGAGCCGUUCGUGGUGCGCGCUGCUGCGGAGAUGGAGACCCAGCUCGACAGGUAUAAGGAGCUACAGUCGGAGAUGGACACCCAGCAGGCCAGCCUGGACUUUGUCAACUCGAGCGGCCAGGAGCUGAUUAGUGCCGGCGACGCCGAGCUGCGGGGCCAGCUGGACGAGCUGAACCAGCGCUGGGGCGCCGCCGGGGCGCUGCUUACCGACCGCAUGGCCAAACUGGAACAGGCCAUUUUCGACUCGUACCAGUACCAGACGGAGGGUGACGGCGUGGAGAGCUGGCUGAGAGAGGUGGAGGAUCUGCUCUCCGAGCCGGCCGCCGAGGGGGACGCCGCUGCGCUCACCGCCCAAAUGGAACAGAGCGACGGCCUGCUGCGCGACACGUGCUCCCUGCGCACCACGCUGGAGGGCGUGCUGCGCACCGGUGACCGGCUGCGCACCUCUGCCGCCCCGGAGCUGCGCCAGCACCUGACGGAGCGCAGCCGGCGGCUGACCGAGCAGCUGGACACCGCCGAGCGGCGCGCCAGAGAGCGGGCCCAGCGCAUCGAGAAGGCCGUGGACGACUGUAAACAGGUGGCGGAGCAGACUCGCAUGCUGUCCGAGCUGGUAUCCGAGGUGGAGUCUCAGCUGCCAGCCGAUACGGCCAUCACCACGCCGGGCCAGCUGAACGACCUGCGACAGCUGCUGACCAAGCUGUCUGCGCGACUGCUGGAGGGACAGGCCCGCCACGAGCAGCUCAGCAAACAGGCGGACGCUGCCGCCGGCGCCGCCUGCCAACGCUGGCUCGAGCUCAGCACCCAGCUCACCGCCCGUGCCGAGCGCUGCGACCAGGCCAUCGCAAACUACGAUCAGUUCAAGAAGCUGACCUUCGCCGAGAACAGCUGGCUGGACCGGCUGGAGAAGAAGCUGGCCCGCUCGCCGCGCCUGGCCGCUGACGCCGAGGAGAUCAGUGCUGAGCUGGACGAACUGGAGACGUAUCUGCACAACCACCCGGCCGAGCGGAUCCCUCAGAUCCAGACGCUGGCCGAGCAGCUGACGGCGGCCAGUGUGCUCCGGGACGAGGUGCAGACCGACCGGGACAACAUCGUGCACCGCUGGCAGCAGUUCAGCGAGACGGAGCUGUCGGCCGAUUUCGGUACCGCCGAGCGACUGCUGCGUCAGCUUUCUGAACAGGCAGCCCGCUACCUGGCAGAGGGCAGGGAGAACGCGGCCGCGAGACUGCAGGAGCAGCUGGGAGUCCUGCAGAGUACGUACGGCGAGGUGCGCUCCGAGUACGUCAAGUUCCAGACGCCGGCCGACUUCGAGCCGCGUCUGUCGGCGGUGGCCGAGCGGCUGGCAGAGGCGCAGCGCCAGGCCGGCGAGGCUGAGAAAGAGACGGACCGGCCCGAGGGCAUCCAGGCGCAGAUGGACAGCUGUCUGCGUCUGUACCAGGGUCUGGCCGAGCUCAAGUCCGAGGUCGAGUACGUGAUCCGCACGGGCCGGAAGGUGGUGGAGGACGGCGCGUGCGACCAGCCGCAGCAGCUCACUGAGCGGCUCGACUCGCUCAAGGCGCUCUACAAUCAGCUCGGCUGCCGCGUGCCGGAGACCAAGUGUGCGCUGGAGGCUCGUCUGCGCGCCGCCCGCCGUCUGCCGCCGCUGGAGCAGUGGCUGACUGAGGCGGCCGCCGAGCUGGACGCGGCCGAGGCGCGCGGCGACCAGUGCCGCUGGCAGGACGAGGCGGACGCCUGCCGCCGGCUGUCGGAGGAGGCGUCACGCCGCCAGACGGCGCUGGCCGCGCUCGGCGAGGCGGAUGCGGCGGCGCCGGCCCUGCAGCGGAGGCUGGCCGAGGCACGGGACGGCUGGCGGCGGCUGCAGACGCGACUGGCCGACCGGGCCCGGCUAGUGCAGGAGAAGCAGGAGGCGAGCGAUGCGCGUCUGGCCAGCUUCGAGUCGGACCUGAGCGACCUGGACAAGUGGCUGGAGGACGCCGAGAAGGCGGCUGAGGACAGCGGCAAGGCGCAGGAGCUGGAGCGGCAGCUGCCGGAGCGCCGCUCGCAGCUGGCCGCUGCCCAGCAGACAGCCGCCCAGCUGGCGCUCACUCAGUGUGAGCAGAGCGUCAGCAGUAUGAUGUCCGAGCUCAAUACCCGCUGGAUGGAGGUGACCGACAAGGUGCAGAGAGCGGCAGCGGCGAGCAGGGUCUCGGCGCCGGCCCCGACGGCCCAGUCGCGGCAGACAGAGUUCGUGCGCACCAUCGAGAGCAAGCAGCGCGAGCUGGCGGCUGAGCCGCCCGUCAGCCUGGUAGUGACGCUGCCCUACUCGACACCUCCGCGCACCAUCGUGGAGGUCGAGCAGACCACCGUGACCAUCUCCUACCUGACUAUGGACGUGGAGACGCCGGCGACGGUCACGAGCGCGCCGUCGGCGUCAGUCACCACCACCAGCAGCAGCCUGCCGAGCGCGGCUGUGCCGAGCGUGGACACGUCGGCCCCGAAACCGGCCCAGAAGACGGUCCCGGCUCAGGACCUGUCACCGGCCCCAGCUCCGGUUCCGGCGGCGAUCCCGGCUCCGGCUCCGGUGGCGGCACCGGCUCCGGCCCAGGAUUCCUCACCGAGCCGCAAGUCGAGCACCUCCUCAGUGCUGGACGAUGUGAUCAGCGGUCUGGAGCAGACGGCUGACCACAGUCGCCAGCUGCUCAGCACCCUGGAGAGGAAGCGGCGCCGCAGCGUGGAGAGAAUGUACGAGAUGGCCGCCCAGGCGGACGCGCAGCGCUCUAUGGCCGCCGCCAAGAGCCGGCGGCGCAGUGACGAGUUCCUGGCGCGGCGCAGCAGCAGCUCCAGCCCGGCGCCCACGGCCGUCUCCGCGCCCGGCGCCGACUACGAGGUGAUCACGUACAAGAGUCCGAGCCCGUGGAGCCCGCGCAGCUCGGUGUGCUCGUUCAGCCCGCGCGACAGCCCGCUGCGCGAGUUUCCGCCGCUGCUGGAGGAGGCGGUGGUGACGGUCGGCCGGCUGUCGCUGCCCUCCGCCCAGGACCCGGAGCGCUGCCACCUGGCCGGCAGCACCGAGCUGACCGAGCCGGCCGCCCGCGAGUCGCCGCGUCGGCUGUCCGCCUCACGCACACCGCCGCCGGUGCCGCCCAAACCGCGCUCCCGCAGCCUGGGCGCCCCGCCGUCCCCGGCCACUCCGCCGGCCCCGGCGGCUCGGACAGCCCCGGCAGUCCCGGCGCGUACGAGCGCCUCACCAACCACCAGGCGGUUCAAGAUCAUCGGCGUCGACUCUGACCUGAACGGCGCUGCCGAAGCGGAUGAUGACGUGUUCACUGCGACGCGCGUGGAUCGCGCCCCUGCCGACUGGACGGACUCUCCGCCGCCGGCGCGCGACAAGCUGGCUGCACUGCGCCGGAUCACGGAGCUGGCUCCGGCCGCUCCGGCGGCUCCGGCUCCGAGCGCCGCGCCUCAGCAGCGCUCCGAGGAGCCGCCGGCCGCCCGGGAGGCGGAGGUGACGCGGGAGCAGCGCGGCGCGCCGCACCACCUGAUGACGCGCUCACCGCGCGCGGCGCGCCCGCCAGCCUCCACCGGUUCGACUGUGCCGGACCUGGUGACUCCGCUGGCCGAGCUGGAGCGACAGCGGCGAGUCAAGGUGCUCAGCUCGGACUCCUCCGACUCGGACUCGUCCGACUCGUCCGACUCUGACUCCGAUGACUCGCUGCACCUGUCCACCUCGUCUCUGAGCGACCGCGACUUUGGAGAGCCGCGCCGGCCGCGUCCUCAGCAGGGCCCGACACCGGCAACCACCACAACCAAGAAUGCCCCUCCGAAGCGCACGCCGGAGCGAUCAGUCGCGCUCGAGUCCUCACCAGAAGUCAUCGCCAACCAGUUUGCGGUGUCGGCGCGCCGCAGCAGCAGCGAUCGGAUGCGCUCCUCUCCUGCCGACCGUACCAGCGGCGCCGGCGUCCUGGCUAACCGGUACGCCGUGGAGGGGCCCGCGCCGCCCGCCGGUCAGGACGAGGUGGCCGCCUAUGUGGCUGAGGUAGACGCCUGUAUCGGCCGGAUCGACGCCGUGGAGGCGGAUAUGGAGCGGCAGCCCAAGGUGGCCGCCCGACGGCACAGCGAGAUCGAGGCGGCGCAGCUGGCGGUGUCGCUGCUGCAGCCUGACGUGGCCACACUCAUCUCGCGCGGCGACACGCUCGUCUAUGGCCUGCAUAGCCGCGACGUGGGCCGCGCCGAGACGCUGCGCCGCAAGCUGGACGGCCUGCGCGCCCGCUGGCACGCGCUCAAGUCGCACAUGGAGGUGCGCCGGCUGACGUACCAGCGUCUGGACUCAAUCAGCCGCUCCUGCAAACACCAGCUGGAGGACAUAGAGCGCUGGCUGCUGCAGGUCAACGCCCGGCUGGAGGCGGCCAACAACGACCUCGCUCAGCAGAAGGCACUGCAGGAGGAGAUCAGCGAGCGCGGCGUGGAGCUCGAGUCGGUGCGCUGGGAGACAGCCGACCUCACCGGACAGGACCGAGAGAAGCUGGCCGCCAUUCUGGACGACCUCAGCAAGCGCUGGAAGGCCGCCCAGGACCGCUGCAAACAGUACCAGAAACUGAUGGACGGCAAAAACAUCGACCCCAAGACGGCGCCCAGUCCGGCGGCCGCGUUCGCCGCGCGCGUCUCCACCGUCCGCGAGGCGGUGGCCACGGUACAGCGGCAGCUGGCCUCCGCGCCCCUCGGAGUCCGACAGUACGAACGGUUCAACGCCAGGGAGGAGGCACUCAAGAGUAUCCGCGCGGCGAUGGACGCGCUGGAGCCACGCGUCUCGGAGCUUCUCACCGACCUGGGCUCGCUGACCUCCGCUGACUCGGCGCAGCGGCAGAUGGCGCAGCGGGCGGCCGACAAGCUGCGCGACGACUGGCGCCGGCUGCAGCAGGGCUAUCAGGAGAGGCACAGCAACAUGGCCCGGUGCCGGGAGACGUGGCGACUGCUGCAGGACAACAUGCACGAGUUCGGUCAAUGGCUGGUCACUGCCGAGGCGCGUAUUGCCGAGACCCGCUCCCUGGGCACGGCAGAGAUCCCGCAGCUGCGCGCCGCACAGAAGGAGCUCGAGAAACAGGUCACCAUCAAACACAACGUGUACACGGCCAUCUCCUCGGCCAGCAGAGAGGUGAUCGGGGGUCUGUCGGCGGCUGAGGCCACCAACUUCCUGGAGAAGAUCGAGAACCUCAACAAACGCUGGAAGGGCGUGCUGGCCGAGCUGGCCGCUCGACGCGAACGAAUCUCCACAAUGGAGGACGAGCAGGAGGCGCACACGCAGACGGCGGCGCUGCUGAGCUGGAUCGAGUCGGUGCUGGCGCUGACGCAACAGCAGAUCAACCCCAGUGACGAGGGCGCGCUGAUUGUCAACAACAGCAUGGCACAGUCCCGCAUGGCGGAGCUGGCCGACAAGAAAACCUUGGCCAACAAGCUGUCCUGGCCGGAGCGCAAGUACCGGCCGCUGGCCGAGCUUCAGAAAAUCUCCACCGGUCUGGAACAGGUGGGCUCUGUGCUGCCGGGCCACUGCGCGCGGCUGCAGCAGCAGCUCUCGGCCGUCCAGAAGCUGUACCAGGCUCUGACGGCGCUCGGAGACUGGGCUCAGCGGCGACUGAAUGGUGUGGCCGAGUGGGACCCGGAGCGGCGCACCGAACAGCGGCAGCUGCUGGCCGCUGAUCUGGGUGAGAAGCAGCAGGAGUGGCGCUCGGUGGUGGAUCAGUUCGAGCGACUGAAGGAGUCGUGUGCCGCCGCCGGACUGCCCGUGGCCCAGGACGUCCAGAGCCGCGUGGACGGCGUGCAGGCGUCGUGGCGUCAGCUGCAGGAGGUAUCUGAGGGCCGCCAAGUGACGGUGACGCCGUCGGCCGUCCCCACCUCCCCCGCCUCGCCGGCCGCCGCCGCCCCGGUCCGACGCGUCGACCGGACGUCCAUCAAAAACGCGCUCAAACGCGUCACUGCUGCCAUCGUGCACGUGGAGCCGCGCUCAUACGUGUCCAAACUGCUGCGCACCGGGCCACUGGGCUCCGCGGCACAUUCACCGUCCGCCGACCCGUCGCCGUCGCCUACCUCCCCGGACGGGUCCCGCGCGGGCUCCCAGCCCCCCAGCUUCCCGUCGCCGCUGACCAAACACCGCGCCGUGGCGCCGGCAGCGCUGGUCACCAGUCUCGACAAGAGCAUCAGCCAGAUUAAGGACUGGCUGACGCUCAUUACACGGAUGUGCGACAAACCGGUGAUCAUCGGCGACGCCGCCGACGUCGAGCGGGUCGUCUCCAAACACAAGAAUGUGCUCCGAGAGCUGGAGUCGCGGAAGGCGCAGCUCAGCGAGCUGGUCAGCUCGGCAGACGGCCUGAAGGACGACCACAAUCGGCAGCAGGUUCACACCAAAGUGAGUCAGCUGCGCGAGUCGUGGGACCAGACGGAGGCGGCCGUUCACCGCCGACUCAGUCAGCUGGAGACAGCCCGACUCGACUCGGCUUCGUGGGAGGCCAGCCGAGCGGAGCUGGCCGCCUGGCUGACCCGGCUCGAGGUGCGGCUCGACCAACUGACGCCCGUCGGACACACGGCCGACCUGCUCGAGACGCAGAUCAGGGAACAGAAGGCUCUGGCGCUGGAGGUGCACCAGCACAAGCAGCGCGUGGAGGCCUUCAGCCAGCUGACGCACCAGUUGAUCGCCAGCUGCCAGCGCGAGGACACGAGGCAUAUCAAACGUACCAUGGAACAGGUCAACCAGCGCUACGGCAGCCUCAACGCCAGCAUCAUGGCGCGCGGCAAGAGCCUGCACUCUGCGCUGUCGUCGCUGUCCAACUUUGACCAGGCGCUGGAGCGCUUCUCGGCCUGGAUGUCGGAGACGGAGUCGCAGCUGGAGUACAUUGACGCCGAGGUGGACCGACUGGGAGCGCGACAGGACGCCCAGGCUCUGCGGACGCCCGGCAACCAGCUCAAGGACCUGCAGACGGAAAUCGACUCGCACCGGGACGUGUACGCCUCGCUGGUGGGCGGCGGCCAGAAGCUGGGCGCCGGCCUGGACAAUGCCGAGGAGGCCUCCAUGCUGCAGUGUCGGUUGGACCAGAUGAACCACCGCUGGAACUACCUGAAAAACCGAGCCGUCGCCAUCAAGAACCGGGUGGAGAGCAGCUCGGAGAGCUGGGGAGCGCUGCUGCUGUCGCUGCGGGAGCUGCUCGAGUGGACCAUCCGCAAAGACACGGAGCUCGGCCGGUUAGGACUGGUCACCGGAGAUGUGGCCGCCCUGCAGAGACAACAGGAGGACGUCCGCUCCCUGCUGAGCCAGCUGGACGACAAACAAGCGCUGAUCGACAGCAAGCUGAAGGCGGCGCGCGCCAUCACUGCAGAGGCGGCCGGACUGUCCGAGUCUAGCGACAGCGAGGCUCGCAGCGAUGCGGACGGCGACGGUCGCGGUUACCGGUCCGACGUGGAGCAGACCCGCGACCUGGUGCGGUCGGUCCGUCGGGAGGCCGCCAAACUGGGCGACAAGUGGGCAGAGCUGCGCCAGCAGGCCGACGCCGCGCGGCGCAAGAUCGACGCCACACUGGUGAAGAUGCACGUGCUGGAGAAGUGUAUGAACGACGUGGAGGAGCGUGUGUGUGCGGCGGAGGCGGCGCGGGGCAGCUGGAGCGACGACGGCGUCACCACGGACGGCGACGUGACGCAGUACAAGCAGAUCAGCAGCCAGCUGGUGGGCGCCCAGCGCGGCCUGGACGAUAUCAACGACCAGGCGGCACGGCUGGCCGCCAACAGCGUGCCGCUGAACUCUGCGCAGCUGUCGCGGCUCGAGUCGCUGAACGGCCGCAUGAAGUCGCUGACGGCGGCGAUGGACGAGCGGUACCGGCAGGUGGCCGGUGGCCGUCCGCCGGCGCCGCACGCCGCCGACGGCUUCCUGGGCCGCUCCGUGGAGCCGCCGUGGGAGCGCGGCACGGCCGCCAACCACGUGCCUUACUACAUGAACCACAGCACGCAGCGCACCCAGUGGGACCACCCGGCGCUGGCCGAGCUGAUGCACGGCAUGGCCCAGCUCAACACGGUCCGCUUCUCGGCCUACCGCACCUCGCUGAAACUGCGCCGGCUGCAGCGGCGGCUGGCGCUGCACCACCUGCCUCUGGCGCACGCUGUGGAAGCGUUCGACGGACACGGUCUGCGCGCCCAGAACGACAAGCUGAUCGACGUGCCGGACAUGCUGACCGUGCUGGCCACGCUGUACGAGACGAUCGCGGCUGAGAGCAACGACCAGGUGGACAUGCCGGUGUGCCUGGAUCUCUGCCUCAACUGGCUGCUCAACGUCUACGACAGCCAGCGGACGGGUCAGCUGCGGGUGCUCUCGUUCAAAGUCGGUAUCGUGGCGCUCUCCAAGGGUCACCUGGAGGAGAAAUACCGCUACAUGUUCCGGUUGAUCGCCGACCCGCAGCGCCAGGCCGACCAGCGCAAGCUGGGCCUGCUGCUGCACGACCUGAUCCAGCUGCCGCGCCAGCUGGGCGAGGUAGCCGCGUUCGGCGGCUCCAACAUCGAGCCGUCGGUGCGUAGCUGUUUCCAGCAGGCGGGCGCAGAGCGCGAGACCAUCGAGGCCGUCCACCUGCUGGCUUGGCUGCGCGCCGAGCCGCAGAGCGUCGUCUGGCUGCCCGUGCUGCACCGCGUGGCCGGCGCCGAGCGCGCCCGCCACCAGGCCAAGUGCAACGUCUGCAAGGAGUACCCCAUCAUCGGCUUCAGGUACCGGUGUCUCAAGUGCUUCAACUUCGACAUGUGCCAAGAGUGCUUCUUCACCGGGCGCGUCUCCAAGAGUCACAAGUUGACGCAUCCGAUGCACGAGUACUGUACAGAGAGCUCAUCCAGUGACGACAUCAAGGACUUCACCAAGUCGCUGCGUAACAAGUUCAAGUCGAAGCGCUACUUCAAGAAGCACCCGAAGCUGGGUUACCUGCCGGUGCAGACUGUGCUGGAGGGGGACGCGCUGGAGUCGCCGACCGCUUCCCCGCAGCACCAGUCACCCGAGAGGGGCCACAUGUUCAACAGCUCGCGCUUCUCCGACACCGACGUGCACAACUUCUCCACACCAGAGAGCGAGGACGAGCACCAACUCAUCAUGCAGUACUGCCACAGUCUGAACACCAGUAACGGCUGCGCGUCGGGCGGCGGCAGUGGCGGCGGCGGCGCGGCCGUGCCCUGCAGCCCCGUGCAGCUGGUACGUGAGAUUGACGGCAGCCAGCGCCACCAGCUGGAGACCAUGAUCAGAGAGCUGGAGGACGAGAACAAGUGUCUGCAGGCCGAAUACCAGCGGCUGCGCAGCGCCGGCCCGGCGCCGGCCGAGCUGCCGGCCGGGCCGCGCGACCGCGAGAUGCUGACAGAGGCGCGCCUGCUGCGCCAGCACAAGGGCCGGCUGGAGACGCGCAUGCAGGUGCUGGAAGAGCACAACCGCCAGCUGGAGCAGCAGCUGAGCAAGCUGCGCCGCCUGCUGGAUGAGGGCGGCGGCGGCAGCGGCAGCCUCUCCCGCACCGGGACGCUGCAGACGCGCUCAGUGACGGCCUCCCAGCUGGCCACAGACUCGCCAGCGCGCGCCAACGGCGGAUCACUGCCCCGGCAAGGCUCCCAGCGCGGCGGCCACGAGCCGUCCCCGCAGCGGUUCCCGCCACCGGCUCCCGAGUACGGCGCGCGCGCCAGCCUCGAGCGCCAGGUGCGCCGGCUCUCGGUCGGCCGAGAGAUGCGCGAGCUGCACGAGCUGCGCAGCUACGUGCGGCCCGACUACCCGCGGCCCGACGACCUGGCGCUGCCGACCAGCGGGAGACCGCCGCCGGCUCCCGUCUACAACCCGCUGGUGCACGCCCACCCCCGGCCCGCCGACUACGUGGGCAACCUGUUCUCAUACGCAGGAGACCUGGGUAAAGCAGUCGGCGAGUUGGUCAACGUGAUGACCGACGAAGAGCCAUCUCCCGAGGAGCGACCAAAGCAGUAGUGUCGGCUGCUGCCGCCGAGUGGCGCUGUCGGCCGCGGCCGACGCAUGUUGUUGGACUGUUACUAAUCUUUGGUGUCCUCUUAUGUGCAAACUUUGAUACGAUGAAGUGUUGAGGCGUCAUGUGGCAUAUCACGUACAAUAUCACAGCUAAACUUGCUUCCAAUCACCACAUAUCGCGGCCAUGCGCGCUGUGCCGGGCGGGUUCGCCGGGCCGAGGGCACCGGGCCGGUCAGACCGACCGUCAGAAGAUACAACACUCACACAGACACACAUACACACACGUGCGUGCACAGCGAAUGGGAGUGUGAGAUAGAGGCCGCCUGUCGCGGCGGCGGCCGACGCCAGAGAUUUCAAUAAUUUUGUAAUAGCUUGCGCAGUUAUCACCACUAUAAUGAUAGUCUGUUUAUUUAUGUGCGUAGUGAGCUUGCUAGCGGACCCAAUGGAGAACAAAUAAUGUGCUAGAAGAUCAUUUUAAUCUCAUUGACAUGAUUCCCGGAGCUGUACUGACUGGUGAAUCGUUGGACGUUGUUGAUUACUUUUAUUUCCUGCGACCGGUCUCCCAGAGAAUGAAAUAAAUCGUCACAGAUGA